UGUCAAUUUAUUGUAAUAAGUCCCAAUUUCUAGACCUAAAAUAUUCAGUAACCAAAAACCUACAACUUUUUUUUUCUCUCUCUCUUCUCUAACCAACUUAACCAAAUCUCCCACGAAAAUUACUCCUUUGAUUUCAAUUCAUCUAAGGAUUCGGAUCUUCUUGAUAUUUACUUUUAUUUUUUUGCUGAAAGAAAGAGGUACGUUUCGAAGUUGGAAUAACCCUAGAAAUUUUGAUUUAAUUUAAUUUGAUUGUUAUUGUGAUUUUUAGUUGGUUUUUGAUUAUGAUUUAUUGAUUGAAUGUGAGUUAGGGUUUGGUUUGAUUAGAAUUGGGAAUGUGAUUUAUUUAUGAUUUGAUUGAUGCAUUGGAUGAAGGAUAAUGGGGAAAGGUAGACCUAGGGCAGUUGAAAAAGGGAAAAAUUGUGCAAGUACAAAUGGUUCUAUGAAUAUAGAUUCUGCUCCAGUUUAUUAUCCAACAGAGGAAGAAUUUAGGGAUCCUUUGGAAUUUAUUUAUAAAAUUAGGGUUGAAGCUGAGCCUUAUGGGAUUUGUAAAAUUGUUCCACCAAGCAAUUGGAAACCUCCUUUUGCUUUGGAUUUGAAUUCGUUUUCGUUUCCUACCAAGACUCAGGCUAUUCACCAGUUGCAGGUGAGGCCUGCGGGGUGUGAUCCGAAAACUUUUGAGUUGGAAUAUGAUAGGUUUCUUAAGGAUCAAUGCGGGGGGAGGAAGUUGAAGAGGAAGGCUAUUUUUGAAGAGGAGGAGUUGGAUUUGUGUAAGUUAUUUAAUGCGGUUAAGAGGUUUGGUGGGUAUGAUAAUGUUGCUAAGAAAAAGAAAUGGGGUGAGGUUUUUAGGUUUGUGAGACCGAAAACAAAGAUUUCUGAGUGUGCUAAGCAUGUUCUUGGUCAGUUGUACUUGGAACAUUUGUAUGAUUAUGAAGAGUAUUACAUUAAAUUAAGCAAGGGGAAAUUGAAGGGAUGCAAGAGAGGGUUGCAUAUUAAUGAUAAGAAAAGAGACCAAAGGUCGGAUUCAGGUGGGAUGAAGAAAAGACAUAAGAUUAAUAGUGGGGAGGCUGUUAAGAUAUGUAAAUCAUCGAAGGAAGAGGUGCAUGAUCAGAUAUGUGAACAAUGUAGAAGUGGUUUGCAUGGGGAGGUUAUGCUUUUAUGUGAUCGAUGUAACAAGGGGUGGCAUAUUUAUUGCCUAUCACCUCCUUUGGAUUCAAUUCCGCUGGGAAAUUGGUAUUGUCUUGAAUGUCUGAAUUCUGAUGAAGACAGUUUUGGUUUUGUUCCGGGAAAAUGCUUUUCUUUGGAAGCUUUUAGAAAGAUUGCUGAUCGGACCAAGAAAAAGUGGUUUGGAAAUGCUUCAUGCUCAAGAUCUCAAUUAGAGAAAAAGUUUUGGGAAAUUGUAGAGGGAUCAUUAGGUGAGGUUGAAGUCAUGUAUGGUAGCGAUUUAGAUACGUCUAUUUAUGGAAGCGGGUUUCCACGUUUAAAUGACAACAUACCGGAAUCAGUUGAUGAAGAAGUGUGGAAUGAAUAUUGUAAUAGCCCUUGGAAUCUCAAUAAUUUGCCAAAGUUGAGGGGUUCAAUGCUUCGGGCAGUUCAUCACAGUAUUGCUGGUGUUAUGGUUCCUUGGCUGUAUAUUGGUAUGCUCUUUUCUGCAUUCUGUUGGCAUUUUGAAGAUCACUGCUUCUAUUCGAUGAACUACCAUCACUGGGGAGAACCUAAGUGCUGGUACAGCGUUCCUGGUAGUGAAGCCUCUGCGUUUGAGAAGGUUAUGCGUAGCUGCUUGCCUGAUCUCUUUGAUGCACAACCAGAUUUGCUCUUCCAGCUUGUCACAAUGUUGAACCCCUCUGUUUUACAAGAAAAUGGAGUUCCUGUUUAUACUGUUCUGCAGGAACCAGGAAAUUUUGUGAUUACCUUUCCUAGAUCUUAUCAUGGAGGUUUCAAUCUUGGAUUGAACUGUGCUGAAGCUGUUAAUUUUGCUCCUGCUGACUGGUUACCUCAUGGAGGGUUUGGGUCAGAGCUCUACAAGCUGUACCAUAAGCCUGCUGUACUUUCUCAUGAGGAGCUGCUUUGUGUGGCUGUGAAGAUUGGUUGUGAUGCUGAGGUAGCUUCGUUUAUGAACAAAGAGUUGCUGAGAGUGUUUUCCAAGGAAAAGGUUUGGAGAGUACAGCUUUGGCAGAAGGGCCUUGUCAAAACAUCUAUAAUGCCACCCAAGAAGCAUCCUGAUUACGUUGGGACUGAGGAAGAUCCCACUUGCAUAAUCUGCCAGCAAUAUUUGUAUCUUUCAGCUGUAGUUUGUCGCUGCAGACCAUCUACUUUUGUGUGCUUGGAGCACUGGGAACGUCUUUGUGAAUGUAAUCCAAGGAAACGGCGCCUCCUAUAUCGCUACUCUUUAGCUGAAUUGAAUGAGCUGUUAGUCAUGACAGAUAAUUUUGUUUCUGGUCCUAAUGACUAUCCUCAAAAUAAGGAUUUGCCUGGGAAGAACGUAUGCUCCAUUGACUCGGACACUUUGAAAAAGAAGGUGAAGGGUAAACAAAUAUCUCUUGCUCAACUUUCUGAAGAGUGGUUGUUGAGCUAUUGUAAGAUUUUUCAGGAGCCUUUUUCCUCUAGUGCAUAUGUCAUUGCAUUGAAGGAAGCCCAACAGUUCCUUUGGGCUGGUCCUGAUAUGGAUCCGGUGCGAGAUAUGGUGAAGAAUUUGGUUCAAGCGAAGGAUUGGGCGGAGAGCAUAAGAAAGUCUCUCUCAAUUAUUGAGAGUUGGUCUAAGAAUGGUGAUUGUCAUGUGAAUAAAGUGGAUCUUGAACACAUUAACAGCUUGGUGAAUCAUAAUGUUGUUCCAUGUAAUGAGCCUAGACAUCAUAAACUAAAGGAGUAUGCUGAAGCAGCCAGGCUGUUGGUGGAUGAAGUAAACCAUGUUCUUUCAAAAUCGACAUCAUCUAUGGCUGAGUUAGAGAACUUGCUCAACCAAACUACCAGCUUCCCAAUCUACUUCAAAGAAAGUGACAGGUUGGAAAGUAUGGUUUCUUCUCUGAAGGUUUGGCUUGAUGGAGUUAAAAGUUGUGUUUUAGAGACAAAACCUGCUGCAAUUAAUAUUGAUUUUCUUCGCCAUCUGAAAGAACAGAUGUUGGAGUUUCCAUUUCAUUUGCCCGAAAGCAAAAAGCUUUUGGACUUAAUUGAGCAAGCUGAACUGUGUCAGGCCCAGUGCAUUGAAAUGCUGAAAGGUUCCAUAACUCUGGAGAAGCUUGAGUCUAUGAUUGAUGAGUUUGGGGAUCUUGUCGUCAACAUUCCAGAGUUAAAACUACUACAACAGUUUCAUGUUGAUGCUCUUUCAUGGAUUUCUCGUUUUAAUAAUGUACUGUUAAACAUUGAUGAACGGGAGGAUCAAGAUAAUGUCGUAGAAGAACUAGAAUGCCUUCAAAAAGAUGGCUCUGAAUUGAGAGUUCAAGUUGAUGAGUUGGUUUUUGUUGAGGCUGAAAUGCACAAGGCACGUUGCCGAGAAAAGGCGCUGCAGGUUCGUAAAAGUAAAGUGACAAUAGAUUUUGUCCAAGAGGUGUUGUCUGAAGCUGCAGUAUUACAAAUUGAAAGGGAAGAUAUGUUUGUUUCGCUAUCCAAAAUGGUAUCUACGGCCAUUUCUUGGGAAGAAAAUUCCAAAGAGAUUCUGGAAGUUGAGUCGAAGUUGCAGGAUUUUGAGGAUGCUUUAAGGGCCUCAAAGGAUUUGUUUGUGAUCCUGCCUUCCCUUCCUGCUUUGAAGGAUGCUGUAUCUACUGCUUAUUCCUGGUUAGAAAGUUCGAAACCGUUUUUGCAGCCUUCUUUUUUAACUACAACGGGUUCAGAUGCUGUUCUAGCGUUUGAGGAUCUCAAGGAGCAAGUGUCGCGGUCGAAGUUCUUGAAAGUAAACUUAGUGGAAAAAACGUUGAUUGAAACUAUUAUGAAGAAGUGUGAGGAAUGGAGAUGCUGUGCUUGCACUUCUUUGAAGGAUGUUGAUCAAAUGUUCAAUAGAAGGGAUGUGUUCAAUAGACAUCAUAGUAAUAUGAUAUUGGACAUUGAGAAGCUAAGAACCAAGGUUGAAAGUGCUGCAAACACUGGCCAUUCUCUGGGGUUUGACUUUCCUGAAAUUCCACUGCUGCGGAAUGCUGCUUCUACCUUGAGUUGGUGCUCCAAGGUCCUUGUAUGUCGCGUUGAAACUCCUUCACUUGAGAGUGUUGACAGCUUGAUUGAAGAAAUGAAAGACCUUUCAACGCGAUACACCAAUGCUUUUGUCUACAGUUCUUUGAUUGAUGCAGUUUCUUGGCUUAAAGGGGCCUCUGAAAUAGUAUCAGCGUCGAGCAAUGGUGGAGUACAACGUUUCCAUUUGUCUGAUGCUGAAGAUAUCCUUAUGAAAUCUCAGGAAACACUGGUCACCUUCCCAGAAUUGAUUGUCCAACUUGAGCGUGCAAUUGAAAACAACAAAAUGUGGCAAGAAGAAGUGCGAGCUUUCUUUAGUAAUGUUCAGCAGUCUUGGCACAGAUUGUUACAACUUAAGGAAUUGGGAAAGGAUGCUUUCAACUGUCUAGAGCUAGACAUGAUCUUGUCUGAAUAUGAUCUUGUAGAAAAAUGGAAGCAACGAGGAAGGGAGGUUGUUGGUUGUUCAACUGGGGAUGUGGUGACACUGUUAAGUUCUCUUUUGAAGAUCAAGCAAUCAUUACAUAGAUCUUUGUAUAUCUAUGAGAAGUCAAGAAGCUGGAAAGUGAGAUUUUUUUGCAUUGGAUGCUCUGAUAACUCUGAUGACCAAGAGUUUAUCACUUGUUCAACAUGCAAGGAUUGCUAUCAUCUUAGAUGCUUAAUACCCAAGUCCAUGGUUAGUAACAAUGGAAAGAGCUAUACCUGUCCCUAUUGUGUAUUAGUUGACAGUGGUUCAAUAUGUCGGAGUAAAGAAAGCCCUCUGAGAUAUAAAGGAAAGCGUCCAGAAUUGGAGAAGCUUGCUGAACUGAAUUCUGAUGCUAAUAAAUUUACUACAAGGCUUGAAGAAGUGGACAUAUUGCAAGAAAUUCUCGAUCAAGCUCUAGCAUGUAGAGGCUGCUUGUCAGAAAUUGUGGAUUCUUCACUGGCUUUCUUGGAGAAAGAUGUCUCAACCAUCUCUGGAAAAUUGACUAUUGUUUUGAAGGCAUUAGAUGCGGCUGGAGUGAGUGAUUCGAUCGCAACUCGUGAGUUUGAUCAAGCACUUGCUCGAAAUUCAUGGAGAAUUAGAUCUUCUAAAUUGGUUGAGGGUUUCCAGAAGCCUACUAUGCAACAGAUUCAACGCCAUUUGAAAGAGGGAUCAGCUAUUAAAGUCCCGGCAGAAGAUUACUUCAGGCAGAAGCUUGUAGAGGUGAAGCAAGCUGGAAUGCAGUGGGCCGAAAGGGCCAAGAAGGUUGCUAGUGAUAAUGGUGAUUUAGAGCUGGAUAAAGUGUUCGAGCUCAUAGCCAAAGGGGAGAAUUUGCCUAUCCACUUUGAGAAGGAGCUAAAGUUGUUGCAAACAAGAAGCUUGCUAUACUGCAUUUGUCGGAAGCCAUAUGAUCAGAGGCCAAUGAUCGCAUGUGAUGAGUGUGAUGAGUGGUAUCAUUUUGAUUGUGUCAAUGUGGUGUCUACACCAGAUGUCUACAUCUGUCCAGCUUGUAAACCUCUUAUGGAAGGGAAAAUGCCUCUGUUCUCAUCUGUUAAACAAGAGAGAUCCCAGAGUCCACGAGAAAGUGAGCCGCAAACACCUUCGCCUCGACACGUAGAGUCAAGAUGGAGGCCUAAGAGGGUGAAACCAUCGUCGAAGCAGAAGACAUUCAUAGCUUCCGAAAGUCGUAGGAGUUUAUUGUGGUCUAGUGGAUUAGACAAGUUAUUUUGGAGAAAUAGGAAACCAUUUAGAAGAACAGCGAAGAAAAGGACCGAGUUUAGAAACCUGUCACCAUUCAUUAAUUUACAAGAUUAGGUAUAGAGAGUAUAGACUGAAAGUAGUGUAGUUUCUAAUGUAAUUCCAUUCAUUCAUUUGUUCCGCUGGAGCAGCACUUCAUGCUGGUCUUGUAGAAUGCACAUUUGCAGUGAUAAAAUGAGCAAAAUUAUUUGCUUUUCUCGUUCA